GGUUUGAGGAGAAAAAAGACAGUCAAGUCCUGGGCCCAGAGAUUAAUAUCCACAGAUCAGGUUUAUAACGAAGCUCAGAAAAUGCUAAGGCUUAAAGGAGAAAUGAGAGGUGCCAAGGAAAUGAAAGAUGAGGGAGGGGAAAGAGACAGAGAAGUGAGCAGCCUGAACAGCAAGCUCCUGAGCCUGCAAGUUGACAUCAAGAAUCUACAUGAUGUUUGCAGGAGACAGGGGAAGACCUUGCAGGAGAAUCAACUCUGUGUGGAGGAGGCGAUGAUGAACAGCAGCCAUAAUAAAAAGCAAGCGUUAGCAUUCGAGGAAUCACAGAUGGAGUUUGGGCCCAGUAAACAGUGCCAUCUGAGACAGCUCCAACAGCUCAAGAAAAAAUUGCUGGCCCUUCAGCAAGAACUGGAGUUUCGCACAGAGGAGCUGCAGACUUCUUACUGUUCCCUUCUGCAGUAUCAGUCUGUCCUAGAGAAGCAGACUUCUGACCUGGUUCUUCUUCACCAUCACUGCAAAAUGAAAGAAGAUGAGGUGACUCUCUAUGAGGAGGAAAUUGGAAAUCAUACUGGGAGCACAGGGGAGAAGCUCCACUUGGCACAGGAGAAACUCGCCUUGGCCGGGGACAAGAUUGUCUCCCUAGAAAGAAGCUUAAACCUCUACAGGGAUAAAUACCAGACUUCCCUAAGCAACAUUGAAUUACUGGAGUGCCAAGUGAAGAUGUUGGAAGGGGAGCUCAGCGGGAUUGUCAGUCAGGAACCUGAAAGCAAGGGUGAUCAUUCAAAGGUGCGCAUAUACACUUCUCCCUGCAUGAUUCAAGAGCAUCAAGAAACUCUGAAACGACUGUCUGAAGUCUGGCAAAAGGUCUCUGAACAGGAUGAUCUGAUCCAGGAACUUCGGAAUAAGCUAGCCUGCAGUAAUGCUUUGGUUCUAGAGCGUGAAGAGGCUUUGAUAAAAUUACAAGCAGACUUUGCUUCUUAUACAGCCACCCACCGACAUCCUCCUAGCUCUUCAGAAGAUUGUGAAGACAUCAAAAAGGUCUUGAAGCACCUACAGGACCAGAAGGACAGCCAGUGCCUGCAUGUGGAGGAAUACCAGAACCUUGUGAAGGACUUGCGCAUGGAGCUCGAGGCUGUGUCAGAACAAAAGAAAAACAUCAUGAAGGAAAUGAUGAAGUUGGAGCUGGACCUGCACGGGCUACGGGAGGAGACAUCUGCCCAUUUGGAGAGGAAGGACAAGGAGGUGAUGAUCCUGCAGCACCGGCUGCAGGAGCUGCAGAUGCAGUUAAUUGAGACCCAAAAGCUGGGUUUGAAGAAAGACACGCUCCUCCAAGAGAAAGAUGAAAUGCUGCACGAGCUAGAGAAGGAACUGACACAGGUUCAGACAACCCUCCUGAAAAAAGAGAUGGAGUGGGAGAAGCAGCAUCUAAUCACAACAGAACUCGAAAUCGCCAUCCAGGAGGCGAAUCAGGAUAAGAGCAAGGAGGAGUGUGAGGCCCUGCGCACUGAGAUCCAGAAGCUGAAGGACCAUCUCGAAGAUGCCCAACAGCAGCAGAAGCUGGCUGCUCAGCAAGCAGCCCAGUACAAAGAAGAGGCCACCAAUGCAAAGAAUGACCUGGAGGAUUCCCAGAGGAAACUGCAAAGCUGCAUUCUCUCAGAGAAGCAGAAGGAAGACACCAUCCAGGAGCUUCAGAGAGCACUUCAGAAGCUGCAGAAGGAUUCCUUGAUGGCUGAAGAGGAACUUACACCAAACAGGAAACGGAUAGAGGAGCUGACAUCAGAACUCUCUGAGGUCCUGAAGAAGCUUGAAAAUUCAGACAAGGAAAAGAAGCAGCUUCAGAAGACAGUGAAUGAGCAGGAUAUGAAAAUGAAUGAACUGCAAGAUCAUAUAAAACUCCUUCAGCACCAGCACAGGGAGCUAACCUCCAUCAAAAGCACUCAAGAGGAGGAGCUUAAGGAAUUAACAAGGUUACUAGAGGAGAAACGGGAACAGUUGAAAAAGAGCAAAGAAAAGGAGAAGCUGAUGGAGGUAGAGAUUGAGUCAUUGCAACUGGAAGAAAGAAAGAAGGAAAAGACGUCAAAAGAAACAUUGCGAAAUUUGGAGGAAGAAAAUGAGAAUCUCAAACUACUGUUUAAGCAGCAUUCUACACAACUAGAGACCUCUGUCAGCAAAUACAACUCCUCCCAGAAAACCAUCCAAGAGCUGAAUAAUGAGGUUGCCGUUCAGAAGGAUGCUUUAGCGAGUCUGCAGGCCCAGCUAGACAAGGCUAUACAGAAAGAGAAGUACUAUCUCCAGACCAUGGUCAGUAAAGAAGCCUAUGAGGAAUUAUCCCGGAAGUCAGCUGCCUGCCAAGAUGACCUGACACAAGCUCUCGAAAAGCUCAAUCAUACGAUAUCAGAGACCAAGAGCCUGCACCGAAACUUGACACAGGCCCAAGAUAGGAAAGUUCAGCUGGAAGAAGAAAUCCUGGCUUAUGAGGAGAGGAUGAAAAAACUCAACAUGGAAUUAAAAAAACUUCAAGGCUUCCAUCAGGAGAGUGAGCUAGAGGUGCAUGCCUUCGACAAGAAGCUGGAGGAGAUGAGCUGCCAAGUGCUGCAGUGGCAGAAGCAGCACCAAAGUGACCUCAAGAUGCUGGCCGCUAAAGAAGAGCAGCUUCGGGCCUUCCAGGAGGAAAUGGCCACCCUGAAAGAGAGCCUCCUUGCUGAUGAGAAGGAGACCUGUUGCUUGCCCCCGCGGUCUGCACCCAAAGACCCCUGUAGGCUGCGCCGAGAGAAUGAUCAGAUUAUGACCAACAUGGAGCAAUGGGCCAAAGAUCAGAAGAUCGCCAAUGAGCAAUUAGGAAACAAGCUCCGUGAACAGGUCAAAUAUAUCGCCAAGCUGACUGGUGAAAAGGACCACCUCCACAAUGUAAUGGUCCACCUGCAACAGGAAAACAAGAAGCUGAAGUGCGAGAUAGAGGAGAAGAAGCUGAAAUCAGGGCACCCAAGGCUGUGCACCAAAGCCCUGCUCCCAAGCAAAACAGAGGCCACACAAAGGGGGAAACUGUGUGGCACCUUGGGCUGGAGGGGGACCACCCCGGACAUGAGGCAAAGAAUGGAUGUCACCAAGUUUGUCGGGAUUCCCCACUGUUCAGACUCCAUGUUACCCCAGGAGCAAGCCAUACUGCAACAGAGCCGCCUGGCCACAGGCCAGUCCUUGAGGAAUCACCUCAUUAAUUUCUCCUCAAAUAAAGACUGUCACUUCCUCCCUGUUCCCUCAGGUUCCACAUAUUGCUAGCCCUGAGCAUCAUUUCCACACAUGUUUUUCAGAGGACAGUGAGUUCCUAGCCCUCUGUCUUGACCUGGAUCUGUGCUUACGGGAACAUGUCAAGGUCCCAGCCUAUUUUGCAAUACACUAACAUUGUCUUGGGUUUUGUCUACUUCCCACAGUAGAGUGAGCCUUGGAACCAUUAGGACCACCUCCAGGCCCAGACUCUAAAAUAAAGACAUGAGCACAGAAGUCUCUGUGAGAGCUCCUGGCGCCCUGCGGGCACCUCUGCCCCCAGCGGCGUGUCCAUCCCGCUUUCUCUGGGUUCUAAGAUACAGGUCUCUGUCACACUGACAGGGAGCUGAAAUUCCCAAAGUGAGCUUCUGGAUUGGUUUAUAAACCAACAAGAAAUAGGUCCUUUUUUAUUCUUUCCAUCUCUGUCUGGAAUUUAAGAAGGUCUACAAACCUCAGAAAGGAAGUAAUCCUGAGGCCCAAAAGAAAGGGAGAGAAAUAAGUGAUGCAUUUUUCCAAAUGGAGGAGGGAGAGACUGCUUUUUCCCUGGCCACCACAUUGUAUCCUUCCUUUUAACAAUUUUAUUUUUCUCCCCAGCCAGCUCAGUACAAGUAAAAUUCCAUUAUAACAAACUCCAAGGACAGCUAAACUAUUUUAUUGUGGUAGGAUUUUGUUAAACUGAGUACAUGUCUAGAAUUUCUAUUUCUAGUCCAUAGGAAAUUGAGAGAAAUAGCUACAAAGGUGAAGUAAAAGAAAGAAAUGAAAGAGCUUGCAUUUCUGGGUGGAAGGGAAGGAAAAGCAAAGGAAGAAACCCACUAGUUGGUAGCAAUUCUUAAAUACUCUUGCCUCCCUCCCCAGCCAAACAAAAGCAAAGAAAAGUCACUGCUUAUAGCAACACAGGGUGCCAAGGACUCAGGAAAGGCAAAUUCCAGAAAUGCCAUGUAAGGCGAGGGUGAUGGGCACGUCCGGUGUUUCUGUUGCGAUGGGUGUUGUCUGUUUCUUUCUGCUCUUUUUGACUGUCUUCCUCCAUUUCACUUAGAAUGAGGACAUGUUUUCAAGAGAAAACAAAGACUCAAUUAUCUGGUACUAAUAAUAGCUUCCUAGGUCCAGCCUGUGGACCAUUUAUUUAAACAAAAGCUCCAUGUCAUUAAAAUCUCCAGCACAG